UCAAAACCCAAGAUAACUACAAAUGUUGAAGAAGCGAAUAUCCCUAAAGACACUGAUGCAAUGUCACGAGGCAGUUGGGACAGUAAAAUAGAAUUUAUCCUCGCCUGUAUUGGCUAUUCUGUUGGAUUAGGCAAUGUGUGGCGUUUCCCGUACUUAGUUUUCAAGAAUGGAGGUGGCGCAUUCCUUAUACCAUACUGGAUUAUGCAGCUUCUUGUAGGAAUGCCAUUGUUUUUUCUGGAGCUUUCCUUUGGUCAGUUUGCAAGCCUUGGACCGAUAACCAUUUGGCGAUCGAUCCCUUUGUUAAAAGGUUUCGGUUAUGCAAUGGUCCUGUGUUCAUUCUUUAUAACCAUCUACUAUAAUGUCAUUAUCACCUACUGUUUCACAUACCUUUUUGCUUCCAUGACCAGCACGCUCCCAUACGCUGCCUGUAACAAAGAAUAUAGUUCACCGGAGUGUUUUGACGGAAUCAAUAAUGAAACGUUACUAAACAGAGGUGAAAAUAUGAAUUUUUCAUCAACGGAAACCGAUAUCAUACUGAACAGAACCAUAACGCCCAGCGAAGACUACUUUGUCAAUAACGUCCUCAAACAGAGCAGCGGUAUUGACGUCCCUGGUAACUUUCAGUGGAAGCUAACAGUAAAUCUUAUUUUAAGCUGGUUCGUUGUGUUUGUCGUUCUCGUCAGAGGCAUCAAGUCCUUAGGCAAGGUUGUUUACUUCACCGCUCUUUUCCCAUAUUUUGUGCUCUUGGCGUUGUUAAUACGAGGUUCCACUCUUGAAGGAUCAUUAGACGGUGUUAAAUACUACUUAACACCGAAAUGGCACAAACUGACCGAUUCCUCAGUGUGGAGUGACGCUGCCACGCAAGUAUUUUAUUCUCUGAGCAUCUCAUCAGGUGGGCUCAUCACAAUGUCAAGUUACAAUAAAUUCAACAACAAUUGCUUAAGGGAUUCCAUAUUGGUGCCACUUGUUGACUGUUUCACAAGCUUCUUCUCUGGAUUUGUAAUUUUUACUGUUCUGGGUUUUAUGUCCAAAGUGAAAGGCGUCGAUGUUGAUACUGUUGUCAAAGGAGGGCCAGGUUUAGCGUUUAUCGCUUACCCAGAAGCUAUCACGAAAAUGCCGUCUCCAACAGUUUGGGCCAUUCUCUUCUUCUUGAUGAUGAUCACCAUCGGUUUUAGUUCACAGUUCUCCCUGGUUGAAACGGUGAUGUCAUCUUUGAUGGACGAAUGGCAAGAUAAACUGCGGCGCAACUGGAAGACUCAAACCUCUUUCAGAGCUUGCGUUUGUCUUGUAUCCUUUCUCUUGGCUUUACCUAUGACCACCCAGGCUGGCAUGUAUAUUCUGUACCUACUUGAUACUUCAGUCGGUGGAUUCCCGCUCUUGUCCCUUGGUCUUACAGAAUGCCUUAUCAUAUGCUAUAUAUACGGUUACAAAAGAUUAGCAGACGAUAUUCAAAUGAUGAUUGGAAAAAAGCCGUCAAUUUAUUGGAGAAUAUGUUGGUGUUUCUUCACUCCUUUUAUCUUGUUUGUGGUCAUAGUAUCGAAGGCCAUACAAUACAAAGUAAUCACACUUCAGUCGUAUGUUUACCCACAAUGGGCACAAACUGUUGGCUGGUUGAUAGUUAUCAUUCCACUUAUGAUUAUUCCAGUAUACUUCGUAGUGAAACACUGCCAAAGCGGAGGUUAUCAGGUAAGUAGACAUAUUAUAUAGAUAUUAUUGUAAAAU